ACACCAGCCGCACUGGUUUUCUGGCAAACAUGGCGUCUCCGUAGGUGUCUCAAACAAAAACGGCAUAUUUUGGUUUAGAUAUUUCUCCUAAAGAUCCGUUUAAAAUUUACAUUUGCAAGAUAGUUUUCUCUCCCGUCGUCUGUCAUGGCUGGGAUUAUGGAAACAGAGGAGCAGGCAAGAAACCGUUUCCAGCUGGAGUUGGAGUUUGUUCAGUGCCUAGCGAACCCAAACUAUCUGAACUUUUUGGCUCAACGGGGUUACCUGAGAGAGAAGCCUUUUGUCAAUUACUUGAAGUAUCUACUUUACUGGAAAGAACCAGAAUAUGCUAAAUUCCUGAAAUAUCCUCAUUGUCUGCACAUGUUAGAGCUGUUGCAGUAUGAGCACUUCAGAAAAGAGCUGGUGAAUGCGCAGUGUGCCAAGUUCAUAGACGAACAGCAGAUCCUACAUUGGCAGCAUUACUCCCGGAAGCGUACGCGCUUACAGCAAGCGCUCGCGGAGCAGCAGCAGCAACAGCAGCCGCAGGCUCCAUCCCAUGGCAACACCACCUCCAAAUGAGGCCGUUAACACGCUCCUGCUGCCAGUUACUCUUUCACUGGAACAUUUUUGUAAAAAAAAUCGGGCUUUAUCCAAAAUUCCUAAUGUUGUGUCUGUUUAUACGACUGGAGAGAAAGGUAAAAUAGCUUCAAAAGAAGGUAAGGGCAGAGUGAAAUAGAUUGUCGUCGAGCAGUAUGUCAUGUCUUACAUUUGUUAGCUCCACCUGCCACAUGUUUUAUCUUUAUAUUUGUAUUAUGUUUAUGUAUGCAUUUUGGACAAAAGCAGAAACCCAAAUCCAAAAUAAAGAUUUGCUUUACUUCAUUGCAUUACUGUAUCUUAAAAAAAAAGAAAAAAAAAAAAAAAGAGAAUACAUUGUGACAAGUUUCCUAUAAAUUUUUACUUUAAUAUGAACUAAGAAUUGAUGAACAAUACUUCAACAGCAUUUAUUAAUUUUAUUUCACGUUAAUCUCGACAUUUACUACAUUAAAAGCUUGUGUUUGUUAAAAAUGAGUUAAUGCACUGUGAACAUGAACAAACAGUGAUUUGUACAUAACAUUAAGAAAGAUUAAUAAAAACUGUGUUGCUCAUUGUUAGUUCAUAAAGUGUUAAUACUGUAACUGUUAACAAAUGAAAACUUAUUACCGUUAACAUUAGUUAAGAUGAAAUAACAAUGAGGAAUAAUUCUACAGCGUUUAAUAAUAUUAUUACUUAAUGUUAAUUUCACCACUUACCAAUUGUAAUGAUUCCUGUCUGUUUCCCUUGUCUUGUGUGAACUUUUGCUAUUUCCUGUUCCGUGCCAUGUUUUGUAGUCCUUUGUAGUUUUUCUUGUUGAUGAGUUCCCCCAGGUGUUUCUGAUUAACCAUGCCCCCUUGUUACCUUGUUUAUCUUGUUUGUCUGUGUAUUUAAACCUCUGUGCUUCAGUUGUUGGGUGUUGGUCAUUGUUUAAAUGUUUGCUGUUCCUAAGUUCCGGUUCUGAGUUCCUGUUCUUGUUGUUCCCUGGAUCUCCUGUUUGUUUUGUUAUUAUUAAAAGUGCAUUUGGAUCUA